CGGACAUGGUUGGAGCCUCGAUUUCGGCAUCUUCGGGAGAAAGAACUGGUUCUAGCAGUACUUCUUCCAUGGUUGGAGCCUCGAUUUCGGCAUCUUCGGGAGAAAGAGCUGGUUACAGCAGUGCUUCUUACAUGGUUGGAGCCUCGAGUUCGGCGUCUUCGGGCCAAAGAAGUGAUUCCAGCAGAACUAAUGUCUUUCGUACGAGACAAACUUCUUCUUCGGUAUCUCCCACUAAUGGAGCGAGGAAACGCUUGAAGAUGGAGAUGGAUCUUGAGGUUCUUGAGUGUUCCAUUUGCUUCGAAACAUUGACAAUUCCCAUCUUCCAGUGUGAUAAUGGACAUUUGGGUUGUUCCUCUUGCUGUCCAAAAUGGUGUAACAAAUGCCCACGUUGUGCUUUGCCUAUUGGCCGCAUUCGAUGCAGAGCAAUGGAGAGUGUUCUUAGAUCAAUCUCUAUUCCAUGCCCAAACGCCCAGUUUGGUUGCACUGAUAAUGUCUCUUAUGGGUUAGAAUCAACUCAUGUAAAUGAAUGCAUCUUUUCUCAAUGCUCAUGCCCUGCAUUGGACUGCGAUUACACUGGCUCAUACGAAGCUCUCUGGUGGCACUAUAGUUAUGGAUUAUGUGUCGCUCCCCGAGAUGGAUCCUUCACAUAUAAAGUACCCUCUACUGUUCGGAUGAACAUCAGUGAUAAGAUAAAAAUCCAUGCGGAUCGUACAAAUGAACUACUGUUUGCAGUGCAGUGUUUUAGGGAGCCGUCCGGUGUGCGUGUAACUGUAAGCUGCAUGGCACCAUCUUCUCCAACAGUAGGAAAGUUCUCAUAUCAUCUCUCCUACACUGUCGAUGGGGAAACUAUUACUUACAAAUCACAAGACAUGAAGAGGAUUCUUGAAGUGAGUUUUCAAACCCCUCUUGAGCAUUUCAUGUUGAUCCCUCACUCUUCAUUGCGUGGUGACUUGUUGGAGAUGAAGCUUACCAUCGAGGAGGUCAAUCAAGUGUAA